GGGAGCCAAUUCAAGUCAUGGGAGAUGCAGAGAGGGACCAAUCUGGAGGUGCCUGGUCUCGCGUUCCAGGUUGGGACGGAUCGCCACAGACGUGGCGAGCUUUCCAGAGAGAAAUGAAAUGGUGGACUAGCAGCCUGGACUUAGAAGGAACGAAGAAAUACAACCUUGCUGCACGUUGGUUGUUGAGGCAGUCAGGCGUAGUUCGCCAAAGAGGUGAAGAGUUCAAUCCAGAUGAGCUUGAGUACCAGAAGGAGGUCAAAGGUGAAGAUCCACAGACAGGUGACGAAGUUGUCAUUACGCCUGAGGACCCGCUGAGUGGCUUGACAAAGUUGCUGAAGGCGUUAGAGGGCAUCAAUGGCAAAACAACACUUGACAAACGUGGAGAGCUGAGAAAUUUGUUUUACUUGGAGUUGAAAAGAAAACCAGGUGAACGCAUAGCUGAGUUUUGCUCCAGGUUUAGAGUUUCUCUUGCAGACCUCAGAACGGAGGGAGUGACCUUACCUUCCGGUGAAGUUGGAUGGUUUUUCAAGACAAAGCUUGGUCUUGACCCGCUGCGAGUGCAACUCCUGGAAACUGCCUUGUCAGGCGCUGAGGAGUACGAGACGAUCGAACGUGAAGUUCUUCGACUUUUCAAAGAUCUGCAUUCUCAGGAUCCGUUGGUGCGCAAGUCUUUUGGAGACAGCAACAACAAGGGUGGUUCCUUGAUGCAGAGGUUUUUGACUUCACAGAAUCCUUCAAGCAAGCCUUCGUCCUAUGCACCUUCGAUGGCUAGCUCUGUGCCGAGGUCCCACAGGACUUCAACGACUUCUGGAUCAAGCAGGUUCAGUGGAUUUAGAAAGCCUUUCCCGGCCCGACAGGCCAUGGUUUCUGAAGCAGAGGACCCUGAACCUGAUGAGGAAGCAGAGCUGUUGGAAGAUGAGAAUGAGGCUGAACCGAACUUGGAGGACAUGCUGAAAAGUGAAGCCGAAGCUCUUGCGGCUGAGUUGGAUGACGCUGCAGACAACGGCGUCGAUGCCUCGACCUUGCAGGAGAUAGAAGAAUCAGUUGAAACCGCAGCUGAAGCACUCCUCACCAUGAAGGAGGCACGAACGAAGUUGCAGGAAGUGAAACGUGAUCGGGGUUACCUGAAACCAGCCGAUGGUACCUCGAAGAACAACCCAAAGAAGACUGCCAAGAACCCGUGUUUCGAUUGCGGCCUUCCAGGACACUGGGCUGGAGACCCGGAAUGUGGCAAACCUGGACAAGGCCUUGCAAGGAAGUCUUCGUUGAAGAAACCCGGCAGCCGACAUGUCAAAGUGGUUGAAACUUUGAAUACAGAACAUGUGGAUGAAGCGGAAGGUGAAAGCCAUGAGGUGCUCACCGUGUCGGCUCAACCUUUGUCCCAGUCCUUUGUAGCUGCACUUGAAGAUGCCCACUCCGUGACAAAAGAAGCGCUGAUUGCACAGCUGGCAGAAGACAAACGUCUUGUUGGAGCUUUGGAUUCGGCAUGCAACAGAACAUGUGCUGGACCGGAUUGGUUGAAAGGGUAUCUUCAUGGACUUCAAUCUGCACCAGAAAGCAUUAGGAGCCUAGUGACCUCAAAGCCUGAGCAUGAAACCUUUCGUUUUGGAAAUGGCGGCACCAAGGUGUCGGACAUGCGAUGGAGGUUGCCAACAGUGAUAGGAGGGAGGCUGUUUUGCUUUUGGUGUUCGGUGGUGCCAGUUCCAUCACUUGGUCUUCUACUUGGCCGUGAUUUUUUGGAAAGUAUUGGAGCUGAUCUGUCCUUUUCACGCCGUGAACUUUGCUGUGAACGUUUGGGGGCUGAGAAGAUUCAACUGAAACAGCUGGCUGCAGGACAUUACCUACUGCCUUUGAUUCCUGCUGCAUGGCCAGGUGUGGGCUCUCAGCGUUGGCGUAGGAUUGGACAAGAUGGCAUCAUUGAGUUGCAGAUGUCGACACCAGAUUGGUUGAACUAUUGUUUCAAGGGUCAACGUUCAUUGAGGGCGGCAAAACAUGACCAUUUACUCACGGAACACAGUGUACAUGUUGGAAAUUUGGUUUGCACCGUGAUGUCAAGCCCUGUUUCUGGUCCUUCGGUUCAAGCAACUUCAAUGCGCUCUUCUUCUGAGCACCGUGAACCGACUCCUUCCUCUACGACCAGGACGACAUCAAGGACAUCUGUGAGAAAUGCUAGUGCCAAAGGCCGGCGUGCAAACCGGCAGAUGGCGCAGAAUGUUCCUCAAGCUGAACGAGCGCAUGCUGUGGGCCGCAAGAGGCGUCCUGCUCUGGCUUUUACAAAGGCCUUUCUUGCGCUUUCUGCCCUUUCCAUACCCCUCGACGUCAUCAACAGACAAAUGCAGUUCACCAUGGCCAAUCUGGGAGAAUGCAUACACCUGAGAGGACGCAUUGGCCUCAAAUUGGCGUUCUGCGAGGACCCGACGGUGGAGGGCAUGUUGCAAGCUCUUCCAAUGAAAGGCAUGGCCAACAAGAUCCGAAAGGCCGUUCAAGCAGAAGCUGUGGCCGCAGCCAAACAGCUUGCCAGCGACAACAAGCGAGAAGCAGAGGCUCGGACCUUGAUUGGGCCAAAGGGCGGACUUCCUUCACUACGAGGGGACCUGGUGAGACUUGCAGCCCUUCUCCAAGUGACUCUUGGAGACAAGGACACCAUCGAGGUGAUAAAAGAAAAGGUGAAGCCAAUGGUGGCCAUCCUCAAAGAGAAGCCUGUGCAGCCGACCGCUGCAAAGUCAACAGCCAAAGCCAAAGCUGCCAAGCCGAAAAGCCAUCCCAAAGAUGCGAGCGCUUCCUCAAUGUCUUCAGAGGUGCGCCCACUGUCAGUUCUUCAAGAUCAGGUGGCAAGCUUGACAGCACAGUUGGAAGCAAUGAAAGCCUUGCUGCCGGAACAGCACCAAGUGCCGGUGGUGGAUCUCAUGGAGGUGGAUGCGAAAUCGGAAGUGGAGUCAAUGACUUCCGAAGAUUACAAGCAAGUUCAAGAAGCGAUGCUGGAGGAUUGCUAUGGAGAAGCCCUGAGAGCACAAUACGGGAACAUCGACCUGGUGGAUCUGACACAGGAGCAGAUCGAAGCAGUGGUGGAUCCAUGA